GUCUGAGCCUCCCUUCUGAAGCUGCUACCCCCCCCACUCCUCCUACCCGACCCCGAAUAAGCGGAAGAAAAUGGAUGGAUGGUUUUAUUUAUGAAGUGUGUGUGUGUGUGUGUGUGUGUUGUGUUUGAGGUGGGUGAAAGAGGCCUUCGCCCUGAACGCUAUUCCUGCAAGGACCGCCACUGUUUACGAACUCCCUUAAAACAUGACUUUUACUUGUAGUUACAUGUAUUAAAGGAGCUAUGCCUCUUCGGCGGCCAGUAGGGGGAGCCAACGCACCGACUAAUAAUCAGACGUUGAUUGAUUUCCAGCCUGUACUUAUUUUAAACGAAUUUAUCGACAAAAACAGACGUAGCAGAUGCUUUUCUCGCCAAACGAGGGACAAAUAUGUGUCCAACAAUGUGUAUAUGUGAGUACUUACAUUACAAUAUAUGAGAUACAUGUUAUAAGUUCAACAUAAUGUGGAAGAACAGAGUUUAACAAUUGACGUCACCUAAAAAAAAUCCACAUUAAUAAGAAACAUCACUUUAGACGCUAGGUUUGCUAACUUUAUAGCUAUUCGCCAGCAAGAAAAUAUUCGUCCUGACAUUUGAAUAAAGACGCACGUAACAUAUCUAAUCACAUAAUCUGUGUAAAGACCUACAGUUGUAAAAGUUUGACUAAUUAAAGUCGCCCCCCGGUGGGUUUCCUCUCCCAACUCUUUCCGUCGCCCUCCCCGCUGACGUUACGCACGCUGCCGUGGCGUGCCUGCGAGCUGAAUAACAUGGAGUCCUCCGCCUGGCACCUCCGAGGAGGGAUCCUAUCGAAAAACCCGAGCGGCAACUAGAGACCAGGGGGCGAGCUGGUCUGCGCGGAGCACGUCGGAGCCUCCAGCGAGCAUCGGCGCGGCUCGUAAAGCUCCGGAUCCCGGCCCAGAAACUAUGACGGACGGCGCUUAAGACGGCGUCAGCCUCGCUGUGCGACCCGCAAAACCAGGCCGAUUUCAACUCAGAAGAAGUUGCACAAUGUAGGGAAGCUGUUUGCCGGUGGGACUCCAUACUGUCCUCUGGGGGACCAUGGAGCCAGAUGGGCAGCCCCUAACCCCAGGGACCAGCAAUGGGCCCCUAUCCUACGGUUCAGCACAAAAUCCUACCGCCGCUAACUUCCUCAGCUGCAGCUUAGAGUCCUCAUGUUCUCCAAAUCUGAGCGACGGCGUGAUGACGGCCGACUGCGCAUGGGGGCUAGAUGGAGAGGACGACCCAGAGCGGGCGGCCGCAGACCCACAGAGGGACGCACAGAGGAGAUUCAAGUCCUCAGCCUUUCCUUCCUCUCUAAGUUGGGACUCGGACUCAGAGAAGGAAGCUCUAGAUGAGGAGGAGCUCCAGAACUUUUCCAACCCUCACGGUCUGGCCACCCACAGCCCGGGAUCUCCUUCAGCCGGACUCAGGCUUGAUGGUGAGGAUGACCAGGAAUUUGAGAAACUGCAUUCCCUCAGUAGUACGACUGACACAUCCACCCCUGCAGAGGGGCGCAGUGACAACAAUGAGAGCACAAACAAAGAGGAGCCAAAUACAAGUCGACUUGGCCAAACAGAAUCAGCAGAUAACAGAGUCUGGAGUGUAUCCGAGGUUGCUGAGCCAUUUCUGUCCAAAAGAAAACCAAAGCAAGCCUCCCCGAAGGAGGAGGAGGCUGACAGCGACGAGGGAGAGACAAAGCCCAAGGGAAAUGAAGCCAGGGAGCUUGAGAGAGAUGUUUACACCUUCCCUGGAGACUCCGACCCAGAGAGUCCACCUCCUGCUCCAUGGGCUCACUGCACUUUCAUUCAGCGGUGCAGAAGAAAGAGGGCGCUGCUCAGACCCUUCUCUGGGAUUGGAUCGCCCAAAACCCACAAGUCGGAAGGACUGAGCCCUCAAACAUCUAAAACCGAUGAUACAGCGGUGCUCAGUCGAGCGGCAGAGGUCUACGAAUUUGAGGAAGUCAGCUUUGACGAUGGCGAGACAAAGUACAGAGACAAUGACGGGAAGGAAGUAGAGGCAGAGGAAAGCGGGCAGGGGGCAGGUAACGAAAUCUUCACCUGUGUGGAGUGUAGCAUUUACUUCAAAAAGCAGGUUCACCUGCAGGAGCACAUGACUGAGCACUGCCAGAUUUCCCCAGGCGGAGGCAGGCGUUCAGGCAAAGGCAGCCGCUUGCGAUGCGCCGAGUGCGGAUGGAACCUGCCAAACCGCCCGGCGCUGGCCGACCACCAAAGAAGGCACCAGGAGUCCCGUCUCAAGAUCCUGGAGGAGAUUGAGAAACUGAACGAAAACGAAAAGGCAAAAGAAUCUGACGCACUGGAGAGCAGAGCAGUGAGGCAUGGGUCCACUGACCCAACUGUUGCGCAAUAUACAGGCGAAAUGUCAGACGGAGAUAUGGGGAAAUCUCCUCUUGUGUCCACGGCUUCUUUUUCAGUUCAGGACUCAGACCCUGCCGUCAUCGACGUGGACUCUGUGACCCCGAGUUCGAGUUCAGUCCGAAGCCCAGCAGCGGCUCACCGCCGUCGCUUUGUCUGCACCGAGUGCAACUUCAGCACAAGAACGUCCCAGGCUCUGGCUAAUCACUCCAAGAUUCACAAGAGAAAGAAGCAGAUCCUCCACCCGCACCCCAGUCAGAAAGUACUGAGAGAACCUGGGAAGAUGUCAACUAAGGAGGACAAUGAGGCCAGCCAGUCUUUAACGUCUAAUGCACAAAUAUUAAACCUAGCCCCAGAUUGCCGCUACCUCUCUGAGUGCGGCUCUCCGCCCAACGCUGCUCCCGUUACAAACCAGGGAGACAUCACUGCCUCCGAGGACAGUACGACAUCAGACCGCGGUGCCGACAGGAGGUUCAGGACAGCAGGGAAGCUUUGUGCUGAUCGGUCAAAGUUUGAUUGUGAGGCAGAUGAUGUCACGCUGCCUGGGAGUGAAGCGGAAGAGCAGAAACGUGAUCUCUGCGAUGAACCUAAGCCAUCCCUGCGAGAGGCAAGCUCACCUGUGGGAAGGAAGCUGCACAACACUGAGGAGUCGUCACCGCAACACGAGGCAACCUUAUCAACACCUGCCAAGAAGAGUGCAAAGGACCAAGACAAACAGGAGGUGCCGAAAGACAGAAAGGUUUUCUUUUUGAGGAGAAGCAGCAGGGUCACAGUAACCCAGGCGCAAACUGACAGCGACGACGACGACGACGACACUGACGAGGAGCACAUGCGGUGUUUCCUGUCAGAGGGCGUCUUCGAGAAAGCCGCGGACGAAAUUGACGAGGACUCGGAGGCGCUGAGGAGUGUGGAGAGGAAGUGCCCCUACUGCCCCGACCGAUUCCAUAACGGAAUCGGUCUCGCCAAUCACGUGAGAGGCCAUCUGAAGCGAGUGGGCGUCAGCUACAACGUGCGACACUUCAUCUCCCCCGAGGAAGUCAACGCCAUUGAGAAGAAGUUCUCGUAUCAGAAGAAGAAGAAGAAAGUUGCCAACUUUGACCCAGGCACAUUCAGCUUGAUGCACUGCGAGUUCUGCAGCGCUGGCUUCGACACACGGGCCGGCCUGUCCAGUCAUGCCCGGGCUCACCUCCGUGACUUUGGGAUUACUAACUGGGACGUUACCAUCUCACCUAUCCACAUUCUGCGGGAGUUGUUCUCCAGCAGGCCAGAUCUGGUGAUUCCUAUGGACCCCCCACGCAGUCUUGGGAGCUCCUCAGAGGAAGAUGAGGAGGAGGAUUGCGAUGAGGGAGACUCAAAAGAUGGAGGAAUUAUUAAGGUAAAGCUUGAAGGGGAGACGUGUGGAAAGACCCUCCAUCCCUCCGACUCUGUUGCCCUGUCUCCAGGAUAUCGUCCACGCAGAAAGAAGGGGGAAGGAGUGAAGGACUGUGAAGCCGAUGACAAGGAAGCAGCCGAUGAAGAGGAUGAGGAGGGUCUGCGACUUUCCUCACUGGAUGCUCUUUGCUUCAGUACUGGAAAAAAGGACAGCCUCUCCCUCAGGGAGGUUGUAGAUGGCAAGGUCAAGAAGUGGAAAUGUGAGGUCUGUGACUCUCAAUUCGAGAGCAGACGUGGACUCUCCAUCCACUCUCGCGCUCACUUGCGCCAGCUGGGCUUCACCGUGUCAGAGAGUGGCGGGUCGGCCAUCGAGCUGCUCCACCGGGUAGCCGUGGAGCGCAGCAUCGACGGCAAAAUCAGCUCAUCUCUGCUGACGCCCAAGAAGCCCUCCCAGCCCGUCUCCCUCAAAGCCGAAGAGAUGGAGGACGUGGAGUUGGACGAGAAGCCCAUUCCUCUCUCCAUACUGGCCAAAGCGGCGAAGGCGGUGCCCUCCGGCUCCGCUACGCCCACGCCGUCUCCAGGUGCCUCUCCAGCUCCAGCUCAUUCCAGCUCACCUUCCUCAGUAGUGAAGAAAGCCCCCAUUUCAUCUCUACUGCCCGUGUCUUCCCUGUUGCGCUCACAAGAGCACAAAGUUGGGGGGCUGAAAUGCCUGACCUCUAAUCUAUCCGCUGCCUCCGGAAACGCAACAUCCAAACCGCUCUGGGCUCCGCAGGAGAACGAUGCUCCUCUCAACCUCACACUGGAUAUGGACUCCGACAAGGACAUCGUUUGUCAGCUGUGCGGCGCCUGGUUUGAGACUCGUAAAGGCCUAUCCAGCCACGCGCGAGCCCACCUGCGACACUUUGGCGUUGAGUACUCAGAGUCCAAAGGCUCUCCUAUUGAACUCCUGAGCCAGCUCAUGGACACAGAUGACUUCAAGCACAAGGCGAGUGCGCUGGAGCUGGACAGUCCCACGGAAACUCAGGGCGUGUCCCCAGCGCUUUCCCCCGCAAAGCAGUCGCUGCUAACGCUCUCUUCUUCUUCCUCCGCAUCACUCCUCUACAAAGUGACCACAGUUGGGGGUGGGUCCAAAACUACCUCUGCCUCGUCUCUACCAGGUCCGCCUGCCAAGCGUCUCAAGACCUCUUCCAUGCAGGUCUUCCGCCUCAGCAGCGGGGAGCUGAUGGCCCUUCCACACAAUGAACCUCCAAAGGAAAUAGGAUGCGAGUAUUGUGGGGAGUAUUUCGAGAAUCGCAAAGGCCUCUCCAGCCACGCCCGCUCCCACCUGCGCCAAAUGGGGAUUACUGAGUGGUCUGUCAAUGGGUCUCCAAUUGACACGUUGCGGGAGAUCAUCACCAGGCGAGGCCUGCCCUGCGCCCUUCCUCUCAAGCCUCUCAAAUCCCCCCCACCGUCCUCUCCGGGACCUCCUCGCUCUCCUCUGUCGCCUUCCUCGUCUCCACUCCUCAGCCGCCUGCCUUUCACCUUCGCACGCCCGUCCAGUCCUCCUCAGUCAGUGAUGUCCAAAUCCAGCUCAGCUCCACCGAUGUCUCCGAGCAGCCUGGCUCUCAAGCCAAAGCCGGAGCCAGUGCAGGUGGAGGUCACUGCACCCGGGUCUGUGGGAAGAGCCGGAGGUUUUCCGGUUGAGCCGCCAAGCUCGAACUGGAGCAAGUCCGACAAAGUUUAUCCCCUUAACCUAGCCAUGGCCCAUGAAGUGGAGCCUACGAGGGACAUUCGAUGCGAGUUCUGUGGGGAAUACUUUGAGAACCGCAAAGGUCUAUCCAGCCACGCGCGCUCCCAUCUGCGGCAAAUGGGCAUCACGGAGUGGUCUGUCAAUGGCUCGCCCAUCGACACGCUGAGGGAAGUCAUGCACAAGCGACGGUCCAGUAGCUCAUCUCGCUUGGACCAAGGAGUGAAGAAAGAGUCCAGGCAAGGAACCACCAGUCCGCUGUGGGAAAACGCAGCAGGAGCCCGUGGCUCAGAUGGUUUGGGUGUUUCAGGCUACCAGUCCUCCAAGUUUCGUAAAUCUCCUCUCAGUUUGGUGCAGUCCGGGUCGAGGAUGCUCAAGCAGGGCCUCGGCCCCGUGGGUCCAUCUGUCUCCCAGCCUGCAGGGAAGUUGUUCCGAUUGUCCCCUCUGGCCAAAAGGCCCAUGUCAGAUAAGACCCAGUCAGCAGAGGCCGUUGCUUCACACGCACAUCGACUUAAGACUUUUCCAUCGCUUCCACACGAUUUCUCCUACAAAAGGAAACCUUCACCAGAAAAGCACGGACACCAGGACCCCAGUUGUGAGCUGUGCGGCUUCUACUUUGAGAAUCGUAAGGCUUUAGCCAGCCACGCGCGCGCCCACCUGAGGCAGUUUGGCGUGACUGAGUGGUCUGUGAACGGGUCGCCUAUCGAGACUCUGAGCGCUUGGAUACGCAGCAGACCACAAAAGGUCCUGGAGAUGCACCGCAACUACAUGCAGGGUAACCGCUCCUCCCCGAAGAAGAAGACGAGCUCACCUCUCACCUCUUCUGUGGAUUCUGAUCAUGUCCUCCCAAUCUCAUCGCAGAAGGCCCACUCCUCCUCGUCCCCUUCUUCCUCUCAGUGGUCUUCUUCCCUGGCCGCUAGCCUGGCUCGGCCGCGGAGCCAGGAACUCCGCCGGGGCUCCUCCGAGGCCACCGACGAGGAAUCGGGGGCCGCCUUGCGGUUGGCUCCGGCCAGGGCUGGCGGAAGCAGCCCCACCUUCUCGCGCCUCGGCAGCAGCCUUCAAGCACAGGUGGCCCGCAGCGAGCUGAAUGUCCGCCUGCCAAGAGGUUUCGAGCGUCGGCCUUUGAAGCACCCAUCCUGCCCAGACGGAGCCGACAGGGACAGUGGCUCUCCAAAGCCCCCGCGCACAGGAACCGUCCCCUCCCUCGUACCCAAGCCACCUUCCUACCCACUGGUCAAACUGGUGGGCAAGUUCUACACCCUGAAGUGCCGGUUCUGCGAGGUGGAGUUCCACGGCCCACUGUCGGUGCAGGAGGACUGGAUCAGACACCUCCAGCAGCACAUCUUCAAGAUGAACUACAACAAGCCUGCCGCUCUAAAAGCAGCCACCGCCGACGGCCACAACCCAGACAACAACUUGACCCCGGUCCACGCCUCCGACCCCAGUUCAAGAACUGUCUCCAGCCCGACCCGCUCCACGGCCCCCAACAGCCACUCCCCCACGCCCGUGGCGGAGUUCGCUCCCACCGUAACUGUCAAAGAGAUCACACAGGUUUCAGAGGAGCAGGCCGCCAUAAUCCCCACUCCCAUUCCUCUCCCCACACAGAUGGUGUGAGCCCGAGCUCCUCGCGCGUCACCGCUUGUUUUGUUCGCCCACCGCUUUUUCCUUCCUGCAACCUCCAGAAACUGUAAUAAGAGAGGAGCUUUCUCCAUCAUAAGAGCCCUUUUGAAGCCCCCCAAGCACCUUUGAAGCAUCUCUAGACUGUUCCUAAGUCCUGUUGCCACGGGAACGAAGCUUUCCUGGCUCCGCUUUGGGUUAGGGGAUGGGUGAUAAUGGGAACUGUCCGAGGUCAUGAGGAGAGAUCAAAUACUACUUUGUGUUUGCCUUGUUUAUACUGAAUGUUCAGAUAUUUCUGUACCUUUCCCAAUCACUGGGACACUAAGAGGCUAACAUGAACCCUUUAUCAUACUUUUACUGCCCUGUCUACUACAGCUCAACCCUCCAUCCUCACACGAGCAAGACUUGUGAGAUGAAGGGAAUCCUGACUGAAUUUCUAAUCAUGCUCGUCUCACCACUGAGACUUUUAGGUGUGUGAUAAAACACUUGGUGUUAAAAAGGCACUUUUAAAUUUGACACUGUCAUCCUGCACUUAAUGAAACAAUUUACAUGUGUUACCGUGACAUUUUGGAACAACAAGUAGAAGCACAAAACUAAAAAAACAAUCACUCAGAUUAACCUUUUUGUUGUAAUACUGUCCCCCAAAGUCUACAUAUAUAUUUAGCUAGAAUGUAGCGAUCUUAUAUACAUGUUAAUACACAGACACACAUACAGUCAUUUUCAAAAGUAUGCAUACUUUUAGAACUUUUUGAUUUUUGUCAUAAACUUUAAUGCAUUUUAUUGGGAUUUUAUGUGACAGAUAGACCAACACAUGAUAGUGUCUGAAUGUGAAGUGAAAAGAAAAUUAACCUUAAUUUUCCGCAAAUAUCGCCAAUGCUAAUAACACUCAUUUUAAUUCAAUUCAGGUCGAUUUCACUUUCCAGCAAUUUUUCCUAUUGAGCAUGCAUGUGGUGAAAGUAGAAAGGAAAAAAAUCCCCUUUAACAGGAUUAAGCUGCAUUAGAACCAGGCUCAGUGUGCCAAACUGGGCCUUUUUGUACAGACAAGACACACAAACAAACAAAAACCAGAAACGCUGAUCCAGGAGUAAUAUCUAUGCCAGCUAGGACAAUGAUGUACCGUAAUCUGCGGACUAUUGAGUGUGACUGAAUAUAAGCCACAUUCACUAACUUUGAAAAGAAAAAAAAAGUGUACAUAUGUAGGGCGCACUUAUCUAUAAGUCAUAGGUGACCAUCACUAUCUACAAUAAUUCUUUAUUUUAUUUAUAUAUAUAUAUAUAUAUAUAUAUAUAUAUAUAUAUAUAUAGUAGCCUACCAGUAAAAAACAUUGAUUGCUAUCUUCAUCCUUCUCAUGAGCACUAUAACACUUAACGCAUCUCAAUUUCACAUUCAUCUUGAGGCAAAUUUGCUUGAGCUUGUCCAAUCUUUCAAAAUCCGCAGGUUAAAGGUUGUAUGUUAGCCACAUCACAAGGUUCCAAACCUCUGAAAAAAGUAACAGCUUGUAGUCUAAAAAUUACCGUAGACCAAGGAAUGUUCCAAACUUAGAUCAAAGUCCAAUUGAAAAUCUGUGUCAAGAUGAAAGAUUCUUUUUAAAAGAUGUUUUCCAUCUAAUGUAAAACAUUAAAGAUUUAGUGAAAAUGUUCUGGUAGCGACAAAAGACUUACGGCAUCAGGUGCGUCUAAAACCUAUGAAUUUUGAGGGGCUGAGUGCAAAUGUGCAGCAAUUUUUUUCUUUUAAUAUUCUUUCUUUAAAAGGAUUAAAGCACAUAUCAGUUUUCUGCAACUUCACAAUCAAGCAGUGCUUUGUGUUAGCAUAGAAUCUAAACAAGCUACAUUGACGUUGUUAUGGAAAAAUAUAAAAGCAAAAUAAGUUCAAGGGGUAUGAAUACUUUUGGAAGGCCCCUUCCACAGUAGAAACACAUGAAUCCCCAAACCUUUGCUUAUGAUUCUACUGAUGUUUGUGCCUGUCUUCAUGUUACAGCUCCACAGCAGCGCCACCUGCUGUCACGACUGAAGUUUUCCCAGCCUUGACCUUUGACGACUUAGGUCAGAGCCCUCGGUUACUCAUUUCAGUUCGUCCAUUCAGUGUUGCCAUGUUCUUCCUGCCUUUUUUUUUUUUUUUACAUAACCCAAAUUAUUUAUUUUUUAUUUUGCAUCUGAAUGUGGGAAAUUUCAUUCUGUUUAAAGCCGAAAGUAUCAUUUAAAAAAAAAAGUAGGUCACCAGUUUGCGCCUGUUUGUUUGUACAUUUUUGUACAUUCACUGCAAAUAUGUCCUUUUUUUUCUUUAAAGGUAAAAAAAAUUCAAGUCAAGCUGCUUGAAUAAAAGACGCCUCCUUAGAUAAAACGGACUCGUGUGUGAGCCUGUCUUGUCGUAGAGUCCAGUCAAGACUUGAAAUGCAUCCAUGGUUGUGAAGGAUGUGCCAAAGAGCCUGUUUACUUCCAUGUCUUGCCUCUGUAAAAGCUGUUUACAUUGGACCCGACGGUGGAGAGCUAGCACACGCGCAACGGACAACGACGGACUGGAGCGGCGUUCGGAGUAAUCCUGCUUCCUUAUAAGACUUCAUGGGACUUAAACCGUUGUUACUGUAGAGCUCUAUUUAUUCCAGUUGCAAACCAAACAGGAGUUGACAAGGGGGCGGGGCUCUCGAGAGCCGCCAGUCCACAUCUAGAAACCUCUGGAUCCGGAGGCCGUCACCUGAGAUCCAGUUUCAUUUUUGUUUGUUUUAGGUCACCGUGUUUCAGAAGUGAAGAGACAUACCAUGUAGGUUGUUGACAUUUUAUGGUGUGUUCCAGUGUCCGCUUAAAACAAUGACUGUUCGAUCCAAAUGAUUCCUCAAUCCUUCUAUGGACUAUAUACACAGUACAUACCUAUAUAAACUACAUAUACUUAAAGAAACUGCUGGUGCUAAUAGAGCCGUCAGCAUCUCUGUUAGCAAAGUAGUUAAACAAAAAGUGAACUUAAAUUCCUUUAUUGUGAUUUGAUUUCGACAUUUGAUGCUUUGUAUUUUUAUUGAUCUGUGCGUUUCUGUACUUGCAGUCCUGAGGAGGUGACUCUUGGGGUAUUUUUUUUUUAAAUUUUUAUUAUUAUUUUUAUUAUGUUAUCUGUUCGUUUCUCCAAGCUGAAACUUGGUGCUGGUGGGAAUGGUGGCGACUGAUGUUCAUUCGGUGGUCACAGAACACUUAAACAGGGGGACCGCUUUGCCAAUUGAUGUGGGAUCCUCCUUUCUCUGCGUAUGAGAAGGCCCAGAGUGUACCUGGUGGAGCCUCGGCGGGUGCGGCUUGCUGUUCUGUGUGCGAGUGUGUGUAUGUUUUAUGUUUGAGUGUUACAAUAGCAGCUGAGGAACAAACAGUACUGUACACAAAGGGUAAUGUUUUAAGUGAAUCAACUCCAGAAAAAAAACAAUAAAUGUGAUUACAAUUUCA